AUGUUCAGGCAGUCGAAGAGGAGGAUUUCCAGUAGGAGGAAUUUCGAUGAUCAAUCAGGUUCCCCAUCGGGCACAUUCAUACUCAGUGGAACAACAUCGGAGGAGGAGAAACAGCUUUACGAUUCUUUGUAUCAGUCCAAAUUGUCCUUCUACAUCUCACCUCCUAAGGGUGAAAUAACAUUAGAGCAAUUUGAGCUCUGGGCUAUCGAUAGACUUAAAGUUCUUCUCGAGGUCGAGUCGUGCAUUCAAAGAAACAAAUCUGCCAAAGAAAUGGAAUUGAUUAUUAAACCACUUCUACAAAAGCUACUGCCCUUUACGACAGAUGAUCUUGAAAGUCGUAAAAAGGACUACUACUCCCAUUUUAUCUUGAGGCUAUGUUUUUGUCGGUCUAAAGAACUUCGUGAUAAAUUCGUCAGAUCUGAGACUACCUUGCUGAGACUUCGCUUCAACAUGUUGACGUCACAAGACCAGGCUCAGUUUGUGAAAACACUGGAUCUUCCUUUUCUUCAGUUCAUCUCGGAUCAGGAAAAAGAAGAGCUCUCUACGGAGCUUUACCAGACUGUUUCCAGUGCCCUACAAUUUCAACUCAAUCUGACCGAUGAAACGCAACGGCGCAACUAUUUUAACCAGGAAAAGUUUAUCAAACUGCCGUUCGAGUCUGUUGCCGACCUAGUCGGCAGCAGGCAAGUGUUCAUCAAAAAAGGGUUCGCCUAUCUCCCUCAGUUCCAGCAACUCAAUCACAUCGCCAACGAAUUUUCUAAUAUGUUGUCUACAGCGUUAAUCAAGACAUCCCAAAACAUUCCACGUCUAAACGAAGAUGAUCGCCUGCUGCCUAUUCUACAUCAUUUAUCUUCUGGAUAUGAUGCGUCCAACUUUUUGCAACAAGAUCAAUACGGACAAGCUUCACAAGGAGAAGUCAAUUCAACUAGCGUCUACUCCGCCAAAAUUGUAGAAAACUUUCCUCUUUGUGCUAAAAAUCUAAUAAAUGGACUGAGGACCACUCACCAUUUGCGGUAUCAGGCUCGUCAGCAAUUGUCGUUCUUUUUGAAAGGUAUUGGGAUGAGCGUUGAUGACGCGUUGCAAUUUUGGUCUGAUGCUUUUUCCGGCGGUGGUAUUACGACAGAAAAGUUCAACAAAGAAUACAGAUACAACUUCAGGCAUAAUUACGGUUUGGAAGGUAACAGAAUCAAUUACAAGCCCUGGGAUUGUCGAACUAUUCUUUCAAAGCCCAGACCCUCGAGGGGGGAGUUUCACGGAUGCCCUUACAGAGAUUGGAAUGUUGAAAAGCUGACGCUUGAGUUAUCGCAGGGAAUGAAUCUGACUCCAGUUCAGGUAACAAGUGUCUUGGAUAAUGUACAACGAACAGAAUAUACAGUAGCGUGCACUAAAGUAUUCGAGAUGACACAUGGUGGAUCCACUAAUGUGGAGGUCAAUGAUCAGACGCAUAUCUCGCACCCAAACCUUUACUACGAAAGAUCACGGCAACUACAAAAAAAAUCAGAAAGCACGUCCUCACAAUGA